AUGUCUGCUACCGACACGUGUGUGUUUUUCUCGCCCUGGUGCGACCCCGCGUCGUUUUACCUCUACUUGGCCGUCUCGAUGGUUCUCAUUUGCGUGGCGGGUAUGAUGGCUGGCUUGACGAUGGGCCUCUUGUCGCUCGACAUGCUCAACAUGCGGAUCCUCGAGCUGGAGGGCUCGGACGAGGAGAAGACGUACGCGAAACAAGUGCUGCCCGUGCUCACGAAGCACCACUUUUUGCUCGUGACGCUCUUGAUCGUGAACGCCAGUGCAAACGAAGCCCUGCCCAUCUUCCUCAACAAGCUCGUGCCGGAGGCCAUGUCCAUUGUGCUCUCUGUGACGUGUGUGCUGUUUUUCGGCGAGAUCAUUCCCUCGGCGGUGUUUACGGGCCCGAGUCAAUUGAAAAUCGCCGCGCUGUUGUGUCCCUGUGUGCGGGUGUUGAUGGCCAUUACGUGCCCCAUUUCGUAUCCCGUUAGUCGCGUGCUCGACCUGUGGCUCGGAGACGACCAUGAUCCCGCUCAGUACAAACGCAAGGAGAUCAAGGCCCUCGUGACGCUCCAGCGGGAAAACAACGUGGCCCGACGGAACUUGAUUGACCACAUGCGUCAAUCGCAGCAGCUCGACGACCCAUCGACGCACGCGCGCACACUGACGACCAUGUCGGCCAUUCGUGACAAACAGCCGUUGCUGAAUCCGCACGCGCUGUACGAGAACUCGGCCCAAGGCACAAGUCUGCACGUGGAUGAAGUUACGAUCAUUCAUGGCGCGCUGGACUUGGCUUCCAAGACCGUCACGGAAGUGAUGAUUCCGAUGCAAGACGUGUACAUGCUGGAGCUGGAUACGGAACUUGGCCCGGACAUGUUGGCGAGCGUGCUGGCUUCUGGACACAGCCGCAUUCCAGUGUACGAGAAGCACAAGUCGAACAUUGUGGGCCUGCUGCUUGUGAAGAAGUUGAUUGUGCUGGAUCCGGACGACCGUCGCCCGAUUCGGGACUUGAUACUUCGUAAGCCCAUUCUGGUGGGCCCGAAAGAAUCGUGCUAUUCGAUUUUGAACGAGUUCCAAAAGGGGCGUUCACAUAUCGCACUGGUCACGAAGGACGUUGACGUUGUACUGAAGUGUUGGUGCUCGGACCAAGAAAUCCCAGCCACCGUCGUGUUUGAAGGCAUUGUGACGAUCGAAGAUGUGAUUGAAGAGCUCAUCCAGGAAGAAAUCGAGGACGAGAGCGACGUCUUUGUGCAUGGCAUUGUGGAUUACUGGCAGACACGUUACCGUAGGAUUGUCAAGGGCACGGGAACGACGUUUGUGAAAAAGCGCCUUCGCCUUCUGGCAGACCGUGCUCGUCGACGUGUGCGAAGCCGUCGCUCGAAACAGGCGGCGGAGUCUGCCACUGCUAGCUCUAUGAGGUCUGCAGGCUUGCCUCACGUGGCUGCUCCUACCAUCAUAGAGGUGGUCACCGAGGAGACACCGCUUCUAUAG